AUUAUUAGAUUAUUAGAGUCUAGAUUGCUACAGUGGUAAGUUGCUUAGUAUAAUAGAUUCACAAUCUGUGUUAGUUGGUUAAAGAGUAUACUAUAGUAUUUAUUAGAGUCCAGAUUUAUUUUUGAUAUAAUUUGUAAAUUAAGACCAUGGUUAUAAGCAUUAAAUUUUUACCACGUUAGUUGGUUAAAGAGUAUACAUCAGUGAUCAGUCAUCCCAACAAGCACACACUUGCAGCACUUCAGUAUGGAAAUAAAACUAUGUAGUUUUGUAACUGUAGUUCAGUUCAUGAUGUAGCAGUUCAGUUUAAAAAUGUGAAACCUGAUGCAGUUUCACAAACCACAGUUAGUCUUUUUUCACUUUGCAAAGUCAGUUUUAAUAAAGCACAUAUGCAAAACUGUAAAAUAAAUAAACACUUCUUUUAUAGUUUUAAAAGACAGCUUCCUCUGGAAUUAUUUCUUACCGAUAAGACUCAUUUUUAGUAAACAAUGGCUUAUCACCCUUGUGCCUAGCCUAAUUGUGAUAUAUUCUCAUGUUGUAGACAGAGACUAUAUUCUCAUUAUUUCUAGCUGUUUCCUUUGUUUUAGUAAUAUUAUUAUUUAAAUGUGAUUUGAUCCUUUAGUCUUAUGGCACUGUAGGUUGUGCUGUAUAUGAAAGUUGCCCUGUAUUGUUCCCCCAUUUAUUCUUUUACUCUGUAUUUUAGUUACCCCAUAAUUCAUAAAUUACCUCAUAAUCUGAUAAGAGCUGCGAUCCUUGGAGAAUUUUGAAAAACCGAUCUAAAGGCUUUAAUUAUCCUCUUUACCAAUGGCUUGGAAACCCCCUAGCUUGUAUGCAGAAGAUAUGUUGUUAGGAUAGAUCCAGGAUAUUGAAGCAACUGAUCUGGUUUCCUCUCUGAUGUAUGUAUGCUGUGUGUUUGCUGCUUGUUUGUAUCUAGCACAGGUCGGAGGCUUCUGCUUAUAUGGCUUUCAGCACCUUAUCUCUGCUAAAUUGGAUGACUUGGUUUUUUUGUGUCUUUUUGUGUUUCCUUGACAGAGGCUGACAUGAUUUUUUAGGACAGUUUGUGGACUGGUGGUGUUGAUUAUUUAUCCUUUGUGGUAUUCUAAUUUUGCAGCUGAAUCGUUUUGGUUGCAUCUCAAAUUCUCUGUCCGGUAGGCUGCGGCAGAAGAAUUGAGUUUUACUCAUUUUCUUGUUAGUCCAUUAGUUGUUUGUGACAGUGACUGAGGUCCUAAGACGUUCUUUUCUUACCUCAAAGGAUCAAGGCUCUCAAGUUAUGCAUCUAGCUUUUGUGUAGCUCAUUUGUAGCUCUAUCAGUUCUUAUUCUUGUCUACUGGUUUCAGGUUGCUUUGUGUCAAGGGUGCUAGGACUGGUUCCAUUUUUUUUAGUGCUGAUUUUAUUGGUGUUCAAGUGGCUUGGGCCUUAUUGUUAUUGCUUUGGUUGUAUCCUAUUGUGCUUAUUAAUACAGGUGGUUGUAUAGUUUUUUCCUUCAAAGUACUUCUUGUGCAUCAAAUCAAAUGCUUAGAUACACAUGGGUGAUGCAUCAAAUCCUUCUCAAAGUGGGUUGAAUACUCAAUCAACCAAAAAAAAUGUAAGAGGUUGCACCCGGAUGAAAAAGUUGGAACUUUUGUCUGCACGGGGUGAGAGAAAAUCGAUUGAUUUCAAUUCAGAUGGACGUCCUAUAGGGAAAACUGCACAUGAUUUCAAGUAUCAUGUGGCUUCCCUUGCUCGAGAGAAAAUCAGUAUUCUGAUUAAUGAGUGGGAUAAGGUUGGUAGCGAAGACAGAAAUGAAAUUUGGACAGGACUUAAGCAAGUAUGGGAUAUUCCUAAAAAUGCUGCUGCGGAAAAGAAAACGAUGAUAUAUGCGGGUGAGCGUUGGAAGGCCUUUAAAAACAGUUUAACCAGUAGAUAUAUAGACGAGAAAGGAAAUAAGUUUGGCAAAUCUGCUGCUGAUGAUUACUCUUAUAUUGGUAAAGAAACGUGGAACGAUUUUGUUAAGUCGCGAGAGGACCCUGCCUUUCUGGAGAAAAGAAAGAAGGGGCAGGUGGCUCAGUCUUAUAAUAAAUAUCCCCAUAGAUUGUCUCAAGGGGGAUAUGCUUUGCUCGAGAAAGACAUGAUGGUAGAUAAGUUAAAAAAAAGAAAAGAAGCAGCUGGAGGGGCAGAGGUUCCACCUCCAUCUCCACCACAACGUCAUGAAAAGUGGAAGCAAGCCCGACUAAAACCAUCAGGAGAGUAUACAUCAGAAGCCACGCGUCUUAUUGCAGAAAAUAUUAUUAAAUUGUAUGUUGCCCUUGUAGUCAUCAUUGGCAAUUGCUCAUUAUUAAUCCUACGAAGCUUGAAGUAGUCUUUCUAUGUUCAUUGGGAAAGAAGCCGGAUAAAAAAAUCUGUGACAUAGUUGAAACAGCUUUGGGAGCUUAUAAUAAGUUACAACGUGCGAGAAAGCAAAAGAAAGUAGAAUGGUUCUUUCCCACCAGUCAAAAGCAACAAGCUAGUUAUGAGUGUGGCUAUUACAUCAUGAUUCACAUGUUGAACAUUAUAUCUGCUACUAUUGUUUGUUCAUGGACACAUAUAUUUCGGGAUUCAAAGCCAUUUCAAAAAUAUGAACUUAAAAAUGUUCAAGAACGCUGUGUAAACAUGAUAUUGGAACAUAUUGAAGUAAGUGCGGACAAUGAUAUGAAUUAGGGUGCAAUUCUGUGUUGGAUGUUGGCUAUAUAGUCUUUAAGGUUCCUACUUUUGAUUGUAUUUUGAUAAGUACGUUGUUGUUUCACCCAAGUAGUUCUUGUUUAUGCUUUUUUUAUAAGACUAGUGUUAUAUCGGUUGAGUUUGCAUUUUAGUGCAAAGCGCAGUGUACCUAUUUUGAUUACAAUGAUGUUUUAAUUUUAUAUGACAAUAUUUUCUUCUAUGGUUUUAUUAUUAUUA